AGCAAAAAACAACGAUGAAGGAAACCAUAAGACCAACCAGAGCCCGAAAACAUGAACAGCAGAGGACAAACAUAUGUGAAAAGGAAAUUAAGCACCAAGGACUGGAACUCUAGCUAAACCCAACAAGCCAUCAUGGAUGACCAUUCAUCAACACAGUCCUUCCCCAACCUCCUCCACCAUUGCCACCGCCCAUCCUUUCACAUCACCUUGCCCAGCCUUCAGAGCCCAGAAGCAGAAUACCCUUCCUCUCAGCCUGCCCUGAACUCCUUGGACCAGUAUGGAAGUAGAGGGGAAGAAUGUACAGUCUCUUUCCCGACCCCAGGUACCUCUUCUGGGGGAAGGAGUGGGAGUAGCAGGCUUGACGCAGGCUACUUAAACACAAGUGGUAGUGGUUUGGAGGGAGAUGCUAGCUUGGGAGGCCAUACUGACGGAAAUAACAGGUUAGACAGCCAUUUUGCCGACACUUGGUACAGUGGUAGCAAAAAAGAAGACGUUUGGGAAGAUGGUGAAAGUUGUGAAAGUGCUGCAGAUGAUUUUUAUAGUAACAGUGACUGUUACAGUAACACAAAUGAUGUUUUUUACAGCACCAGUUGUGGCAGUGAAGAUGGAGUCAGGCGUAAACUCAGGGCUAACUAUAAUAGUUAUACCCAGGUUAGCUGUGAAGCUAAAAGUGACAUAGUUCAUAAUAGAGAGGCAAUCAUUAGCCGCUUUACUAAACAAACUGCUUCCUGCAACAGACGUGCUGCAGGAAGCUUCAGUGAGAGCAGUGUAGAUUAUUGUAGGACAGAUUCAAGAGUGAGUGGUAGUUAUUUAGGAAGAGAAGAAGAUCAUGGGUCCAGCAGUGGCUCGGGUGAGGAUCAGCUUCCACCAGCAGAGGUUGAGGGACCCUGGCUCAAUAUCUCUCCUACAGUUCACACUGGAGAAGGCAGGUGGAGAGGAGCAGCGGACGCCUACACGUUGGCCUCAGGGUGCCUGCCACAGAGGUCACCUCCCAGUAUCAGCGGUGGGACAUACACUCAGAAACUGGACUCCUUCUCUGAGGCUUUUCUCUCCCAGCGAAAAAGAAGAUUCCCUGUGCUUCCCAGUGGAGAUUCCUCUGGACAGAUGUGGGAAUUUGGAGUAGGGAGAGGAGAAAGCCACAGAUUGGUCAAGUCAAGGCACAGCUGUGCUUUUGACUCAGACUCCUACCUGCCUCCCUCCUCGUCCUCUUCACCUUCUCACCCCUCUUUUCUAUCCUUCCCCUCUCCUCCCACAUCGUCUCACCUCAUGCCUUCAGUUCUUAGUCCUCCACCAACACCUCUACCUCCUCCCUCCCACUCACCCUCCAAAAUGGACUCUCCUAGUGCAUUUGGAGGAACUGGGCAUUCAGUUUCCCAAGGGGGAGAAUCACUUGGCACGCUUCAGUUUUUAACUUCUCGUCUUCAGUCGAUCCCGUCUGUCCAGAACUCUGGGAUGAUAUGGAAGCUUCCGUUGCUGUCACACUGCUUUUCACAAUUGUCUGGUGACCCCAGCAGCAAUGAGGGCAACCUAAGAUCUUCCCAUGGUGGUGACUAUGGCAACACCACAGCCCUGCAUGAUAUUCUUCAGCCUCCUGAAUCGUCAUUCAUCAUUUCAUCAUCCCAUUGUUCAUCCUUCCACCCAGCCAGAGCCCUCUGUCCCUCGAAUGCGCCAUCCCUUCAUCCCUUCCUUCAGCUUUCUACACAUCCAUCUCAGCUUUCCAGCCAACAUUUUGAGGAAGUAGAAAAGAUAGCUCCUCAUGUGGUGACCCAGAAGGUAAAGAAUGGACCAGCCAAUCUGAACCAAUCACAGCUGCAGCAACAGUCCUCUCCUAUCUACACUGGAACACCAUUUCCCAGUAUCCUUCAGUCCAGCAGGGGUCACUACAUUCCUCGCCCCCUCCUCAAUCCAGUCCGCAGGGGGACGGGGCUGUUCUCCUCCAUCUCAUUCAUCCAUCACAGAGAGGAAGAACCGGUAUAUGGAGAAGAGGAAGAGGAGAGUGGAGCAUUACCGUAUGUCAAUGUGGGUUAUGAGUUCCAGGCAGAGAUUCCUCCAUGCUUUGUGGAUGGUGAGGGGUCAAGGGUGUGGUCACCAGAGGAGGAAUUUCCCAGGGAACAGUUGCUCUGGAAACCAUGGCAUGAGCCUGAGGAGAACACGAACAUACAAGACCAAGUACAAAAGCUGUUAAUGGUGUGUAGCUCUAGCUGCCUGCCAGGAGGGGGCAGUAACACGGAGCUGGCUCUGCACUGUCUGCACCAUUGCCACGGGAGCACAAUGGCCACCCUGGAGAUGCUGCUGUUCUCACAGCCUUCACCAGCAGGAGACUACCACUACGCUGGUAGUGAUUUUUGGACAGACACUGAAAAGAAUCUCUUCAGUACGGCUCUGGAGUCUUACGGAAAAGACUUUUCACUCAUACAGAAAAUGGUGAGGACUAAGACCACCUGCCAGUGUGUUGAAUUUUACUACCUGGACAAGCAGAAGAAACUGAAGGAGGAGCAGAACAGAGAUAGAGAGCUGGAGCAACAGAAAAGUGUAACGCCUAUCUGUCAGCGGGCGGACAGACAGUUUGGGUUGCAGGAGGCGGUUCCUGUGCCCUCAUUGGCCAGCUUCUUUCCUUGUAAGCUGUGUGGCAAAAUGUUUUAUAAAAUCAAGUCCCGUAACGCUCACAUGAAAAUCCAUCGCCAACCUCAGGAGGAUUGGGCUGACAGGCAGCUGCAGCAGCAGUUCCUCACCCAGCGUCUGGCCCUUAGUCGCUCCACCAACUUCAUACCCACUCCAGGCAGUGACCUGCUCUCCCCCCAGGCACCAGCUCUGACCUUUUCCUCCUCAGGCCUCACUGGAACAUCAGGCAGUAACAACAAUGCAGACAAUGUCUCUGCAACCAGUAGCAGCGUCAUCACUCCUAGCAAUGCCAGUGUCUUAGAUCCCAGCACCACAGUGACAUACAGCAACAUUGCUGCUUUGAACUCUCAUGUAAUCACCAAUAUUGAUGCUGGUGAGCCAAGUCAAAGAGAGCCCACCACUGUCUUAGCUUUCAACCCAUCAUGGGGCACAUUUGAACAUGGCCCAGACCCUGCUGCCUUCUACUGCAACACAGAAGGCAAAGAGCAUGUGGGAGCUGGGAUAGUGGGGGGGAAAGAGCCAGUCAGUUGGCAGUAGUGGUUAAUCCUCCCAAACUCAUUACUACCACCAAGGUCUGACACAUCAAACUGAAAUUCAUAAUCAUUUAUAAUAGAAAAGUAUGUACUUUUUCAAAUACAGUGGUGUGAAAAAGU